UGAAUGCUCAAGCCUCACGCUUUACGCAUUUGCGCCCCCUCCAUCAUCUCUCACUUUGGAUUCUGAAACCAACGCGAAGAGCCAAGCACACCGGAAUUGCUUGCACGUUCUCUAGCGGCAAAUCUCUUUCAGAUAUAUAAAGAGUAAAACAGAGUGGUCUCUCUCUCUGCAAGUCUCAUCGAGCCGGCGUGUGAUUCCGUUGCUUUUUCUUCGCUUUCUGGCUAAGCAGCUUUUUCCAGAGCUCGGAAUCGUAUGUAAGUAAAGUGGUCGGUGAAGGUAGCUUAACCAUUACGCUUGCGAGGGGUUUGUGAUGUGGCCUUUUGCUGAAUGAUCGAUAACUGGAUUGUCUAUUUGUCCAGAGUCCUGCUCUGCAUAUCUCAUCUCUCAUUUUAUGGCUGACAACAGUGAAUCUUCACCGAUGACCCCAGAAAUAACUAAGACAAGUGGGAUUGAAUUGAGAAGGCACUCCACUGGAAAAGCAAGUUCUGAAAAUAAUGAAGAAAAUGUUCUUCCUCGUUAUCUCAGAGCUUCUACUGGUUCAUGUCAUGAUUUUUGCAAAUAUGGGGGGAAGCAUGCAUUUGAAGCUAAUGAAAAUCGAUCUCUACUGGAGAGAGUUGCAAGAAAACCAGUUCAUCAACGAUCAGAAAAGAGGGUAGGUGGGACGAAGAUAUUAGUGGAUGAGCUCAGAGCAUCAACUAGUUCCAAGUCAACAAAGAAGAUAUCUUCAGUCAAGCUCACAGCAUCUGUUGACUCUGCACUCCAAAUUUGUGAGACACUUGGCAUCCACGAGCACAAGCACGAAAUGCUAACAAAAUCUAUUGAAAACUCAAAACGAGUAGAGACUGAAGUUUCAGGAAACAAGAAGGCAGCAUUGGUCAAGGUCAAACCAUUAAGCAGUCCGAAAUCUCAUACAUCUGAUCUUUCCAAAACCAGGACAAAAGAAAUGUCAUCAGCGUCAAAGAAAGUGGAAACUUCACCAAAAUCAACUAAUGCUCUCAAAGCUAAGGAAAUGAAGUUGUCUUUGAAGCCAAACUCUGUUACAGGGAAGACAAUGCUUUCUAAGAAUCCCUCUGAAGGUUUCAGUGGCCAAAGAAAUAGUGAGCCCAGGAUGGAAAAGAGAGUAGCCGCCUCCAAAGUAGCUACAAGAAAAUCGAUUACACCUUCAAGAACUUCGUUGUCCCUCAAAGCUUCUUUUCAUAGAGUUGCAAGUAUUAAUACAAGAAAGCACAAGAGCCUGAAAAUUGUGCCUCAUCUUAAGGAUCAUUCUGAAAAAGGAAAAGACAACCCUAAUCAGCACAUUUACGUUGAGGUUGAGCAGAAGACUAGAAAAAACAACCCCAAGCAACACAGUGAUGUCGAGGUUGAGCAGAAGACUAGAAAAAACAACACCAAGCAACACAGUGAUGUUGAGGCUGAGGAGAAGACCAGAAAAGACAGACCCGAGCAACAUAGUGAUAUUGAAGUUGAGGAGAAGACCAGAAAAGACAGACCUGAGCAACAUUGUGAUGUUGAGGUUGAGGAGAAGAGUCUGAAUGUCAUCAAGAUGGCUGGAGAAGAAAAAAUUUGGCAAUCUAAUCAAAAUGCAAGUCAUGAUGCUGAAUCAUCCCUCCCUCAGUUGGUGUCAUCGCCCAAGUUUUCACGCUCGUCAUCUUCUCAAUCCUCAUCCCAAGAUGACCACGAGGAGUCUGAAUAUACGACUAGUGAAGUUGAGGAGGAUUCAGUUUCAGUAAAGGAUGAAAAGGAGCACAUAGAAAAUGUAGAUGAUUUGGAAGUGGAUCAGAACGGCAAGCCCGAUAAAGAAGGGGCUGUAAAUCUUGAAUACAAAGACGGCUCUCAGAUAACGAAAUUGAAGUGUAUAAAGGGAAAAUGGGUGGAAAUUAAAUCCGAGAGAUCAAGUCCGAGCAGGCUUAAAUUUAGGAGAGGAAGAGUGUUGGGGGAGACUGAAAAUAGGAAAGGUGACGCCCAAAGAAAAUGUUAUAAAAGAAGAGAUGGAGAUGUUGGUGAAAGCAAUGAUGCUACAACUGGUUCUGGGAAGGUGGUUUUGAGACACCAAGAUGUGCAGGGAAAGAAAGAUGAGCAAGGAUUGUUUAAUAAUGUGAUUGAAGAAACAGCAAGUAAAUUGGCUGAAACUAGGAAGAGCAAGGUCAAGGCAUUGGUGGGUGCCUUUGAAACCGUCAUCUCUCUCCAAGAGAAAAAGCUUUCUGCAAGCACUGGCAUUUGAUCAUCUGGGGAUCCCAUUUCUGGUUUUUCUGCAUUUGUUUUUGUAAAGAACUGGUAGAAAAAUAAAUCUAAGCUUGUGGAUAGAAAAAUGAUUGCCUUGAGUUUUUCUUAGGAGCUUUGGAUAGAGCUGACAGUCACGUUGUGUUCGUUUUGAAACAUGAAAACGUCAUAUACUUCGUUUUUAAAA